AAUUAAGAACUGUUCCUCAGAUUAGAUCGUCUACCAUGAUUUAAACCGGUGAACGUCAGUUGGCUACCUUGUUAGAAGCUGACAGGUAUUAAAACUAAGAUAACUGCCUAGCUAAAUUCUGUAUAAGUUGCGUAAGUCGCUCUGGAUAAGAGCGUCUGCUAAAUGCCUUUAAUGUAAUGAGACAAGUUAAUGGAGAGGUUUAUAAUUCACUCUUAAUUGUCAGCACUUAUCUUUCUUUGCAGGUUUAAAUUAAUUUAGCUUUAUGUACCCGGUGGACCUGAAAGAUGGUUGGGACUCACUUCUUUAAAUUGUAAAAAUCCAAAACAAAAUUUCUAACAUUUUGAGGGAAAAAAAACUUUUCCAUCGGGGAUUCUCGAAUCAUCUGGCCACCCUGUGUUGAACAGACUUUCGUUUUUCUUUGUUUUUGUGACUGUGCUGUGCGUCUGCGUCACGGUUCGCCCGUUUAGGCUGUACAAAGGUCACCAGCACGGGUUCAGUUUUCAGGUCAGUGCGGCAGUCAGACUAUCUGGAAUAUCGAGCGAUGUGACACUUGCUCGGUAUUGUAGGCUACGUCCGUUCCACGAUGCUUAUGUUUGUCGGUUUUAAAAUGGCUUUUGCCGUGAGGAAACCCGGUUCUGCGUGCUUUACUCAUGCAGCGCGGCGCUUUGUGAACACCAGCAAUGGACUCACUUCUACCCCGGUAAAAUUUAAUAUAAAACCAGACAAAAAGUGUUUAUUUGACACUCCUGUGCAUAUAAAAGUGGAAGGUUUGCGCCCGAAACAGCAAGUUAUUUUCCGAGCAACACUGACGGACGAGAAACAGGAUAAGUUUGUGUCUAGCGCUCAUUUUGAGGCGGACACUGGAGGUGUGCUCGAUCUGAGUAAAUCUGCGGCUCGUGGGGGAGACUACGUCGGGGUUCAUCCCAUGGGAUUCAUGUGGGCUAUGAAACCUCAGACAGAGCUGGGAAGGUUGUUCAGAAAAGAUGUGACUUCACCCUUCAAAGUGCACCUUUCCGUGCACGAGAAAACAGCCUCCGGUAGCGAAGAGCCGAUGAUAGCUUCUUGCAUUCACGAGCGAGGGUUCAUUGGGGACGGGGUGCAAAAGAUCCCGGUGAGAGAGGGACGGAUUCGAGCAACUCUAUUUCUACCGCCCGGUAAGUGUGAGAAAGGGGGUAGGCUAGUGUUUUGAAAACUUUCUACUUAAGUUAAGAACGUACGUACACAUGUUACGUUGCAAACAUAAAUCUAUACAUAUUAACUAUAUACCCAAACAUAUGAUCUAUAAAAGUAUACAUAUAAACAAACGUUUCGUGGUUGCAAAUAACUUGGCUGACAUUGGCUAAUUCCAAGUUGCGGGUCGCACUCAAAGUACGUCACACUUGCGACGUCAAACUAUAAACAAACAGACGUCGACGUCACAGAUCUUCUGUGAUACCCGUGCAUAUUUAACUAGACAGGCAAGCACGCCUUCUGCGAGCCUGAGCUUGCGACGACCCGCAAGUAACCCUGUGCUGCGCAUGUUCAGUGCAGAACAUUGGAGCUCCCAUCGAAGUGAAUGGGGAAUGUCAGACUUCUGAAAGCAACCUAGAACUUCCUCGAUAGUAUUUUGAAAACAGAUUAACGAUCGUUACACUUAAUAUGAGAAGCAGAUUGUGAAAAUAUGUAAUAAAAUGUGUACAAAUAAAAUGUGUACAUUUUUAAUAAAUAUUUCCCCAAAACGUCUGGACCAAAACGACCAUUGUUUUGAAAACUGCAACUCCUGUUGAAAUGUAUGAUCACAGAAAUUGACAGAUGAGGUUUUUUUUUUUGGUUGUUAGGUCACCUUGGUUUUCUACAUUGAACUCAGUGGAGGGCAAACUCUUGACCCAUAGAGGAAGUUCCCCAUUCUUUCAUGAUUUCAUGGAGACGUGCACUCUGCUAAUUUGUGAAAAUAGAUGUCAUUCUUACAUAACUCCUUCAUGUUAAAAUGAUAAAUCAAAGGCAUGCUAUGCAGAAUAUUAUAUAUU